UUGGUGACGUUUCGACUCGCGGUCUCACUCUCGCAUAACCAACCCGCAACUUCUCCACUUACUUAUAACUUUUCCGAUCCCCAAAAACAUAUCUGCUCACGCGGCACGGUCAAAGCGAUUUCGAGACAACUCCGAGAGCCCGCGCUCGUCCAUCCGAUUAAGGGGUCUCAGGAAUCGACGAUUUGGCCUGACGAUGCGCGAGUCUCGGAAGCCGACGAGGAAGGCCUUGUUCCGGAGUUGCAGCAGCUGCGACUUGCAGUAGCAUAAUCGAUAGAGGGCUGAGAAAAAUUGUUGAAAAUAAGGAUUUAAGAUGGAGAGGGGCAAAAGUGGGACCGGUCGAGGUUCCAAAAACAAAAUUGCUCCUCAUCCGUCUGAUUUCAUAGCGCUUGGAUCAAAGAGUACUAGUAGGAGCGAUGCGCCAGAUACCAAGAGGCCCGGUGUUGGCCUUACCAAACCUGGCUUGUCAAGCUCCACCAGCACAAGUAACGAUAGGAAAAAGGAAGGAUCAUCCUUACAAUCUCUGAUUCCACCAAAGAAACCUAAAUUAGCUGGGCAUCCAGUAGCACCAUCAACUAGACCAUCUGUCAGUCACACUGAAACCUGGGAAGUGAUCACAAUAGACUGUGAUCCAGCAGAUCUUGUACCUCUGGUAUUAGAAGCUAACGAUGCCGAUGAUGGGGAGAAAUUGAUUGGUCUUGUCUGUGGUGGAAUCAAAAUUUUGAAGAAUUUGAGAUGGAAGCCAGAUCCUGUAGUCUGCAUGGGACUUUUAUAUUUAGUCAAAAUAAGACCAUCAAUAUUUACCAACCAUUGUAUUUUGCAUGCUUUGGCCUCGCUUCUGAAAAGGGAUCAGUCUCAUGCAUUCAAGAAUAAAGGCAAUCCAAUGGUAUCUGUACUGGCAGCUAAUUUGUUAAUGAGAGGAUUUCAUGACAAGAAAGAGUGGCCUGAAGUAUUUAUAAAGGUGUAUAUUGAGGAUGCUCUCGGAGACAGAGUAUGGGUUGAUAAUGAGGAGUGUAAAGGAUUUGUAGAUAAUAUUUUAACUGGUUUUAAUACAAGGAUACCGCCAAAAAGUGUUUUACAACCAGAAUUGUCUGUUAUGACUCCAAGAUCAGACUGCAACAGUCCGUCAACAUUGCUGGACGAUGAAUUGUCUGGUACAUCAGCAAUUCAGAUUAUAGGUGAUAAGGACAAGGUUGAUUUGCCUGUCUGCCCCAGGUACGCUCAUUGCGUCGAAGUUGUGGAAAACAUAAUUUUGGAGGUAAUCAAGGAGCAGUUGAAUCGACGGCAACCGGAAACGAUAACGAGAAAUUUCCUUAAACUACUGUCUACUGCGUGCGGCUUUGUAGAAAUAAGAAACAUAGCCGCACAAAGACUAGAAAUGUGGCUGCACAACCCAAAACUAAUGCGACCGGCACAAGAACUCCUUAGCUUUAUUUGCUAUAACUGUACCUCACAUACGCAACGGGAUGUCGAGGUCAUAAGUCAACUCGUAAAGAUGAGAUUAAAAACCAAAGCUGUAAUUAAUUUAUACCUAAACGGCGUGAAGGAGCUCAUAGGUUUACAUCCAGAAAAUCUAUCUACCAUAUUGAAACACACAAUAUACAAUGAACUCUCCACUGCUAGGAAUCCCAACAACAUGCCCAUGUUAGCAGUAAUGUUUCAAACUUCUCCAGAAGCAUCCGCUAAACUGUUAGCUGAGAUAUUUCAGGAGCUGUUGCUGAAUCGAGACGAUUACUUGAGGCCGAUACGAGCACUUCUACGGGAAAUCGUGCGAGUUUGUCGACACGACAUUAAUCUCACUGUUCUAGCGAGGGCUUUAAUGGCAACGCGGGUGGAAGUUGCUCAACAGAUCGCUAGCUUUGAGUUCAAAGACCGAAUGUUCAUCGCCAUCAUCGAUUUGAUAUCCUUGUGUAUGUUCUUAGCCAUCAGUCCUCAAGUCAAGGAUGUUGCGAUUCAAUGUCAAAGAGGUGACAAGAAGGAUAUCAAUGUCUUGUACCAGUUUCAGAAUCUAGUGACUUCGAUACAAUACGAAACCGUCUUUUGGCUGCAGAGUACGGCAAAUCAAAUUUAUGGGAUAAUGUAUAAAGAACCAUUUCUUCACGCGCUGCACAAAGUUAUGAUGCUGGAGUCACCGGAACAUUAUUACAAGCCGGACAAUUUUCCACCAGAAACUGACAGAGCCUUAUACAUGAGAUUGGUUUCCGAAGUGCCUUUAUUAGAGAGUACUUUUAAGCUUUUUGCACUUGCAUUCAUUGGAAAACUAUCAUUUAUUAAUCCAAAAGACCAACUACCAACAUGUAGUAUAAAUAAUAGUGAGAUGAUAGAACUAACCGACCAUUUGGUCCGACGUGCGGCAAUGACUUCGUCGGAAACUUUUCCGCUAUUGCAUAUCAAAAAUACAGAAAUUUUUGAGCUUGUAUUCCACAUGUGCACCUACCAACCCCCGGCCGCAGCGUCGAUCAACAUUCCGUCGGACUACAUACCACCAACACUUGCCGUAUCUAACUUGUACUGGAAAGGCUGGAUCAUGUUGCUAAUGAUAGCGGCGCACAAUCCAUCGACGAUCGGCGAAUUGGGAUGGCAGCAGUAUCCGAUCUUAAGAAUAUUAAUGGAAAUGUGUAUUACAAAUCACUUUUCGUAUCCACCACCGACCAUGGCACUUCCAGAGAUAGUCGAAGAGAACCGUGCCAAAGAGUUACGCCUGGAAACCCUCGAAAGACAACAGAUUCUCCACUAUGAAACGUACUUGGCCAAAGCUUCUAAUCCUGAGAGGCAGAUCUGCGAGCAAACGAGCCUGUUGUUGUCACAAACCAUAACGAUGGAUCCGACAGGAAUACCGAGAACACCUCCCCAGCAUGUCCUCGACCUUAUCCAGUCACUAAACACAACUCAUCGUUUGGGACACCUAUUGUGUCGUUCGCGUAAGCCAGAUUUUUUACUGGACAUAAUCCAGCGGCAGCAAUCAACUUCUUCUCAGAGUAUGCCCUGGCUCGCUGGCCUCGUUCAGAACAGCGAGGGCUCGCUUAACCAGCUUCCCGUACAGUGCCUCUGCGAGUUCUUGCUCUCGUCAACCAUAGGACAAGCUGAUAAGCAGUCUAGGCAAGAGCAGUUGCUAGCGCACCUGCAAUUGUUGUUGACUGAUCCAUUGCAGGAUUCACAACAUGCGUACGAGGUGCUGGAAUAUUUUCUAAGGAGGCUGAGUAGCCAGUCAAGCGCUAGCAGGUUACAGGCGAUCACGGGGCUUAAACUCGUGCUGAAUUCAAUACCGACCGAGGAUGAGCCAAUGGAAAUCGACGGUGAAAACGAACAGCAUAAUUUAUCUGCUUCAAGUGAAACGUGGCUUUUGAAAAAGCUACCUUCGGUUCCGCACUUCCAUGCUGUACGCUCACUUGUGGCGAAAGCUCUGCGCGGCGCUUGUCAGGUCGAGAACAAUCCCGAUCUAGUGCAAGCUUACAUCGCGUAUUUGGCUACUCACACUCCCGAGGACGAUCUUCCUGAUUUGAUAAAUCUGGUGAACGAAAUUUCGCAACUAGUGGUCGAAAGGAACACCAUCGUGGCGGCUAUUUUACCGCAGCCGGAUAUCGAUAGUCUGCAGGCUAAGCAGACUCUCUACGCUUUCCUGUCAAUUUAUUGCAACUAUUUGAACAAGGCACGAGCGCCACGGUUAGAUGGUUCGCGCUUCACGUGGUCCGAGAGUCAAGAUCUGAUUCUCGUCGAAUGGGCAACUGGUGAGGAGUGCACGAUGCAUAUUCUGGUAGUGCACGCGAUGAUUAUCCUGCUGACCUAUGACCAGGUUGAUAAUGACGAAUUAUUCAACCAGCUUCUUGAGACUUGGUUCCCAGAGGAGACAGAGCCACCCAAAGCUUUUCUUUUAGAUACAAGCGAAGAAGCUCUCCUUAUACCUGAUUGGCUUAAACUUCGAAUUAUAAGAAGUAAUAUACCACGGCUGGUCGAUGCUGCUCUUAGGGAUCUGGAUCCUUAUCAGCUGGUGCUUUUUAUUCAGAGUUUCGGUGUGCCUGUCAAUGCUAUGACGAAGCUGCUGCACUUACUGGAUGCUGCCGUACAAAUAGAGCCCAUGUCUGUGACGAAUCACGUACUGGAUAAGACAUAUAUGGCUCAGUUAGUAAAGAUCCUGCACAACAGAGGUGCUUCCGGCGGUUUGGUCUUCUUACAGCACGUGCAGCUCCAAGCGCAGCAACUACCAGAUGAAAAUCUACCGCCGAUCAGCACCCGUUUAGAAAAUCUACCUUCGAGCAAUAAUUUGCCAAAGCACACUAUCGUUCAGCUUAGCACAGCCAAGACCGACGUGCCAAAUCUAAUUAACCAGCUGUUUAUCGAGAAAAUACCAAUUAAUCAGAAGACAGAUGCUUACAGAAAGCUGCACAAGAUACUCACCAAAGAUUUACACAAAUCCGGAGCAGAUGGAGAUAGGGGAACUGUUGUUUUAGCUGUCAAGCAUAUUCUCAGUGUUUUGAGCUCCAUCCAAGUAAAGGAAUUCCUGGCAUCCUUGGUCCACAUGUCACAGUAUUCUUGCACGCUAAUGCGUGUUAUUCUCUUACCAUUAAAACGGCCAAGAACGUGUCCUCAAACACUCGAACUAGCCCACAGUAUGUGCUGUAACCUCAUUCAACUUAUCGGAGAUGUGAAUGCACCCAUCCUCACGAUUCUGCGCGACUUUACAAAUCUGCAUGUAUCUCGAGCUCCGCGCCACAAGGAGCUAGCUGCUCUAACGCAGACGCAGGAUCCGGGCUCGAUUCUUGAGAACACCGAUCCACUCGACUUGGAAAACGUGGGUCGUAGAUUGCUAGACAUUUGCAUGAACCAGCAGCGUAACGACAUCUUGGUUGAAUCAAUGGCAAGGCUGUUAGUGGCCGACAGCGAGCAGGGCUCAAUCAAACCUCGAACGGGAUUGUUGAUUGACUGGUUGGCGUCCGUUGAACCUGAGCUAAUAGGUACCUGUCCAAAUCUGCAGAUUAGGUUACUGUUUGGAAAGACCAAUGUAUACGUAAGGAUAGACGAGAGUGUGGUGAGCUCACACUCAUGCAGGCCAUACCUGCUGACAUUGUUGACUCACGGAGCAAGCUGGGCUACGCUCUACAAGUGUGUCGGACAUCUGCUCAACCAGUGCCACAAUGGAUAUGAUCCCACAGCUGUGCUAGAUUUUCUAUGGGCUCUGACAUGUAAUCCAAAGUUAUGGCAAGGACGAGAAAAGUACUCGACCAAAAACGAUAUUCCUGAAAAUAUUUUAAUGCUUACUAACGAGCAGCUACUAGUUCUCGUUAUGUAUCUAAUCGAAGAAGCGGUAAUCUUGUGUGAGCGUCAAAAUCGUAAAACCGCUAUCACACAGAUGGAAACAAGGCUGGAUCUUUUGCUUUGUUGUUGUUCUGCUGAAGAUGAAUUGACGAUGGGUGUUGUUAAAUAUUUGGCCGAUCAAAUGACGAAUAGUAAUGGGGUACACGCCGAUAUGUUCCAUCAGUUCCUUCUGCAUCUUUACAUGAAAGUUCCCAAAAUUAUCUGUUACCUAAACACCUUCCAGGCGAAAAAGAUGGUAAACAACGCCAACAUCUCUGACUGGACUGGUUCCAUUCUUGACUGUAUGAGCCAUACUCUUUUAACGGCUUUAGCGUCGCAGCGUCAGAAGUCGUCGAAGUCGCGUGAGCUUGAGCUCUGUGCCAGAAAGAUGGCUGCAGUACACCCUAUCCUUGUGCUAAGGCAAUUGCCACUACUCGCAUCGUCACUAAUGGGAUGGUGCGACCUGGAAUAUAGUCAAUUCAGAUCAGGGCAUCAUUUAAAUUUGUUCACACAAGUUAUGGGUUUGCUGGAGCUGUUACAGCCGCAUCUAUUUAAUGAGGAACAUAGAAAGGGCCUUGAAAACACGUUAGAAAAUUAUUUUUAUUGUUUUCAGAAUUAUUGUAAUAAGGAUUCGUCGUUUCAGAAUUAUUCUAAUAAAGACGAUCUCAUACCACUUUUGAAUCGAUUUUCUCUUCUCUUACAAGCUUAUGUAGUACACGACGAACAGCAUGCUCUGAAAUAUAUUCAGCAGCAUGCUUACAUUCUUCACGAUUUGCAAGCCCAUUAUCUUUCACUGGAAAGCUUGCGAUCCCUCGUAUCAGGAAUUCCUAUUCCACGGGAAGGUGAAAACGGUGAAACCGUUCUCAUUACAUCUACUUUCCACCGAAAUGCUCCAACUCCUCCAUCAGCUCACUGGGCAGGUUGGGUUGCGUCUCUCACAAAAAUGCAGGGUGAUGAAGUUCAUAGCGCCUUACACGAGAUUGACACUUUAUCUUCCCGUAAACCAUCUGUGUUAGAACCAAUCAUAGACAACAUUGCGGAUUUGCUUGUGUCGCCUCAAGGAAACAUUAGAAAUCUUGCGCAUGUGUUAAUUGCUAGAGCGCUAAAACAUCGUCCUUACCCGAAUCUUGGUGUACUUUCAGCUUUUCAGAGAUGUCUCGACAGUUCUCGAGCCGAUAUUCUCAUGUCCGCUUUGGACAGGCUACCCGAUUACGUUUUAUGUAUGCAAGAGUAUGCGUUACCUCUUAUGCAAAAAGUUUUUGAACUUGGAGUGAACUCGAAUGUAAAUACGAUCCCCUAUAUUAAUAAGAGUAUAACUCUUUUGAACACACAAAAAGGCUGUUAGUUAUUAAGAUUGUAAUGUUUUUAUAAGAAAAUUAAUUUUUUGGAGAAUAAAUUUAUAAUUAUUAA